UGUGCUGCCCGUGCCUGUUGGCCGGGCUGUUCUGUAUGCUGCAGUAGACUGUGCUGCAUUGCUGGAUUCUGGGCGCCCUCUUGUGCCCCAUCAGGCGCCACCCCACCUGCCAGAUGGAAUGAGCAAUGCUGCCGACCUGCUCUCUCCCCUGCCUGUUCCCCACCAUCUGUCUGUCAGCCUGCCGCGGCCCUC